GAGCACAGAGGGGACGCUACGAGGAGCGCUGCUGCCGCCGAUUCUAUCCACCACCCAGGCCAUGAGCCGCUUAAGCUACAGUGAGGCCCGGGAUGGCAUAGUGCACGGCGUGUCUGAGGAAGGGGUAGAGACGAAAGGGCCGUCAAAUAGCGGUGGCAAACGAAAGCGAGCGCGGGACGACGACAUCGACGGCGUGGCGGAAGCAGAAGCGAACGGCGAGAGCGGUGGGGCGGCGAGCCCGGGCGCAGACUCGCUCAGCUCUUACUCGCUCAUGGGUGUCGCCGACGGAAACGACGGCCAAGAUGCUGCCGGAGGGGUAUGUACGGUGGUAGAGGCAGAAGCAGCGGCGGACCGGGCACGAUCGUCAUCGGCUGAUGGGAACGCCGGUGCUGGUGCUGAUGCACCUGCUGCUGACGAUGAUGAUGAUGAGGUUGUAGAAAUACCGCCGCCGUCAGCGGCACCUGCAGUUAUGGAGGUGUCGGAGGAAGCAGUCUCUGGUCCACCAGGUACAGCUGCGGCCCCUAUCUCGAUAGAAUCUGGUGAGGCUCCGCAGAAGAAGAGCAGGGGUCGCAAAUCGAAAAAAAAUCAGAAGGCGACCGCGAAAGACUUGGAGGUUCAGCAGGAAGACGGCGGCGAUGGUAGUGGGAGCGUAGGAAGCGGAGAGCAACGCCCUAGCAAGAAGGCAAGGAAAUCGGCCGGUGCAAAGGCUAAAGACAGCGACGGUGGCAGCGAAGGCGGCAGCGACUACGAUGCCAGCGAGGGGGGUGAUGCCGAUGAGAGUAAGGGUAACGGUGACGAUGGCGACGGCGGGAACAGCGGUGAAGGGGACGGGUCGGAAGGACCAGUUUUGUUCACGGUGGGCCAGCCGAUGUCCAAGAAGAUGAGGAAGAUGGCGAAGGGUCGCCUGUCGAAGUGGGCCUUGAAGUUCACGGGAACGAGGACCUACGCGCCCCCGGCCGUGCCGGUCAUCGAGCCAAUCAACGAUGACUAUCUCGCGAGCUUCGGGCGGUCCUACGCCGAAGCAAAGAGCCUCACUGCCCUGGACAAGAAGGAUAAGACAGGUACGCAAGAAGACGACGACGACGACGACGACGACGACGGCGGCGACGGCGACGGCCAUAGCCAAGCCGGCGACGAAAAUGGCGGCGGUGGCGACAGCAGCAGCGGCGACAAGGAAGGUCCGUCCGACGACGAGAAGAACGGCACUGCCGAAAAGGAUGCUGCGGACCGGGAAGCGGCCAAGACCGAGGGUUCGGGCUCGCCGACGAAGAAGAACAGUCUUAGCGGCGGACGGAAGAAGCACGGCGUGUUCGUCGUGAAUCUGCUGUACACCUUGUGCGACGAGGAGAAGCUGGAAAGUCUCUUCAGCACAUUCGGGCGAGUUACUGCGGUCGUGCUGACCAGACCCCCCGAAGGAAGAAGGGUUUCCGGUAGCGCUAGCGUGUACUUCGACACGUCGGAGGAGGCGCAGAAGGCACUAGCCGCGGACGGCAUGGACAUUCGUGGACGCUGUGUCGGCAUACGAGAGGUGAGACUGAGUGUCGACAAGAGGUACUUCGUCGAGCCUGAACAGGCGGCCAAGGCUACCAACAAAGCUAAGCCCCUGGAGGAAACGAGGUGCACCCUGUGUGGGGCGAUUGGGCACGACGACAAGAACUGCCCGUUCAACGCGUGCUCUCGCUGCUGGGAGGAGGGGCACCUCGCGGACGCCUGUCCCUGUGUUGAUGAGAUGGAGAAGAGGCCCGAACCCUACUGCUCGGUCUGCGGCAAGGCUGGUCACUCGAUCGAUGCUUGCGAGACGGCUUGUAAGGGCAAGUCCCAGCUCAAGUUCAGCUGCAUCACCUGCAGAGACGAUGGCCAUACUCAGUGCGGAAAGGAGGCAACCUUGGUGUUUGGAAACGAGCGAGGCGACGCCAUGACGUGCUGUAACUGCGGCCUGGAACGCCACGACAGGUGUUCCUGCCCUCAUCAGACGGAGGCUGAGAUCCUUCGGGGGUGCGGCUACAGGUUCAGCAGCUUGGCGGGCGGGGGCAACCGACGGAAGUCGACGGGAGGAGGGGGGAAGACCUACAUGAUGUGCUACAACUGCGGCAAGCAGGGGCACGGCAAAUCGGAAUGUCCGCUACCGAGGCAAACCCAAACCCCCGGUCGCUUCGGAACCAACAACUACAACCGCAACGACCAACCCCGUGUCCCUGCCGCGGACUGGAAACAAGAGUGGUCCGCAAGCAGCAACACCCUCAGCUUCAACAGCCUGAGGCAGAACCACGGGAGCGGCAAGUUCAGGAACGAUCCAAUGGGGUCCGACCAGCAGCAUCAGCAUCAGGCGCAGCAGCCAACGCACCUACCGAGCGCGUAUCUCAACGACCUUGCGCAGCCGCCCAGCCCCUUGCAACCCACGAGGCGGGACGGUGGUGCUGCCGCUUUCAGCGGUCCCCCGUCGCCCCCUCAUCACCACCGCAACCACAACAGCCAUCUCAACGGGGGAGGUUACCAUCAGCAUCAGCAAGAGCGCGGCGGCACACACAACCGGUACCAUCACCAGGUGGCUACUCCGACGGACUCGCAAUCAUCAUUCCCCAGGUGGGGUGACGAUGCCGCCGUUAGCAAUGGCGGCUUCGGCAGCGGCACUCUUCACCGGGCGUACCACCCUGGAGGCAACUUUGGCAGCGACAGCAGCGGCGGCGGCGGGAGGAGGGUGGAGGAUAGGCACAGGAGCAGCGGCCACCGUGGGGAGAGAUACAGCAGCAGCAGGGGCGGAAGUGACAGGUACAGCGGGGGUGGGUCAUCACGUGCUCAGAAAGGAGGUUACCACUCGUUCAGCAGAGACCAACACCAGCCGGCUCCUACCCCGUCACCAUUUCACAGCCAUCACAGUAGUGGUAGUCAUCAACGUUCUCGCUACAGCAGCGGACAGCCACACUCCUCCGGUGGGCAGUCACACUCCGCCGGCCGACGUGCGGGCGGGACGAGGGACUCGCACGCCAAUCCUAGAAGCUACGGUUACUAACUAUCGCAGUGAACUUUGUGGCAGCCAGGAGAGUGGUAGUUGUGGACCUUUAGAGGGCCCUGAUAAUAGGUUUCAUGGCCAUUCAAGCACGUGAGAUAGGCUCGCCCCAUUUUCACCUGCUACUUGUUGAUUGCCUGGAGGGAGCGCUGUAUACCCACGGUCACGACCGUUGAUGGGGUCCAACCCUCGCACGUGAAGGGCUUGAUGCACGAUGCCGCCUCAACAGUGUCGUUCCCUCCUCUGCGGUAGUUGUAGUAGAUGGAAUAGCCCGGCUGCCCCUUCCCGCGAAGAGACCCUCCAUUCCCAACACGAAGAGAAUAGCGAGGGAACAUGAUAUGCCCUAGCGAUCCUUUACGUGGUAUGGUCGCCCGCAGGGUUCUUUUAACACCAGGGUCUUUUGUGUUUGUUGUGUUCUGUUUUCUUGUCUACAUUUGUUUGGUUUAGAUGGUCCACUGGCAAACCUUGUGACAAGGGGUGUGUGGUCUCAGUCCAAAUCAACGAACUACGCUUGAGCGAAACGCUCGACGUUCCUUGUCGACGGGCAGAAGGAAGGAGGUGGGCAUGCAGUGCAAGCCACGCAAGCCACAGGAUUUCCGAGAGUUUCGUUGGCCCUACCCUCGCGGGGAAAUCGUUGCCAAGGGCCUAUGGUGACUGCUGUGGACAUGCGAAAUAGUCUGCUGGCAGGGCACGGUUGAAUCUUCUGCCGGCCCGACAAAUUUGGGAACUUAAACUUACGCCCUGCUAGAAAGAAAGAGGGUAUUUUCGUGUACUUGUGGAAAAUGAUGUGCAAGCUGCCGAGAGGUCUACUGUAGCUGUCCGCGUUAAACCCGGGACGGCGCCGUGCUGACGUUCCACAGUGUACAUGGCGGUACCCUCCUCGUGGUGACUGCGUCACGAAUCUCUCUUGUUGUAAUUAUGUCGAGUGCGGCAGGGUGUUAUGUGCAGUUCAGACGCAAAUAUCAUGUGCACACGUGAGAUGCAGUGGUAGCAUAGUGCAUGUUGUCGCAGGAGCGUCGAAAUUUCUUUGAAUGUUGUCUCAUCUCGCACAGGCGGUUCAGCCUCCGCCCUCGAGAUGUUUGGCGUCCUCAAGUCUCGCUUUGUUUCUUACCGGACCGAAGGACAAAUACUCUCAAGCAAGCCUCUUUGGCAAAUGGCGAACUUUUCAUUGGUGUCCAUUUAUUUGCGAAGAGGCCGUAAUCAGGGACGAAUGAGCAAAUGACGCACCGGAUGUCCAAACGUACUGCGCAAGGAUAUACAACCAGUCUAAGGAUGCAUGCGUAAUGUAGCCAGGACGAUGUGCGUGUGGUUGUCUGACAAAAAGCCCGUAUCGAGUGAGGGGCGGCAGAUGGAAACGACCAUGUUCACGUUUUCCCAGAAAACAAUUUAGAUGUUACGUGCUUCGGAAUAUUGGCAGGGGAGCCGCCACCGUAGAUUCGUGUGAUGUGAGGAUCGGUACAAACACCGCGUUGAUCACCAUGAACGUACGCAUUCUUUCUGUUCAAUAUUUUGUUCGAGUAGCCUAGCAUAUGAGAUGCACGUACAGCAGUGCAAGAUGAUUUUGUUGUUGGCGGUCAUGCGUGUUAUCAUGCCCAGUGGCACUCAAUACCGACGCCCGGAGUGCCAGUGAACCUACUCGCUGCGCCCUCAAGAGAUGCACCGUGUGUAGAGUGGUACCAGGACUUCUCACCCUACACAGGGCUUACUUGAAAGUGUGUUGAAGGGUACAUGAUGAUGUCUGUCUGGGACGGACAUCCUCAGGCAUGGUCAGCUUCUUGCAUCCAAAUGGCUGGGUAGCGCCGGUUGGAACGAAACACACCCCUCGUGUUGUGUUGAUCUAUGCUGGAUCGCCAGCCCAGAAGGUGUCUGGAACUAACGGGCCGGGGGUUGUAGCCUCGGUCUCAACUCAGUUUUUUUUUUGCGAGGCAGAGAGCUGGGGCCGUGGCAAAGGCAAGAAUAAUCGUUGUUGGUGUCGAUGAUGCUAACCUGUAACCUGGAAAUGUCCUCCCAAGGUUUUCUGUAAUUAUGCUCAUACUAUGGCCCGCCGCCGAGUCUGAG